GCGGCUGCAGCGGAGCGGCUGCGACAGCGACAGCAGCAAAGCGACAGCAGCACAGCCCCGCAGCGCCACCGCAGCGCUCACUGCACCGCUCACUGCAGCCCUGCAGCAACACCGCAGCGCUCACUGCAACGCACAGCCCUGCAGCAACACCGCAGCAGCACCGCCGAAGCCACGUCUGAACCCGCUGCUGCCGAACUGAAAUGGAAACCAUGCACGAGCUGAUCCCCUUCGCCAAGGAAAUGCUCAGCCAGAAGCCCAACAGGAAGAUGGUCAAGCUGUACAUGCUGGGCAGCGUGCUGGCCUUCUUUGGGGUGGUCAUCGGGCUGGUGGAGACCGUGUGCAGCCCCUUCAGCUCCCAGGCCAGCCUGGAGGACGAGGAGGAGAAGAACAAGCCCGCGGCGGCCCGGGAGCAGCGGCCGCCGCAGAGAAGGGAGGAUUUGGCGCUGGCCAAGGGCAAGGCAGGGCCGGCGCUGCAGAGGGCUCAGGUGACCCGGCAGCACGCGUCCUAGGCACGGCACAGACACUCCGCCCGCCCGGGGGGUUCCAGCGCGAAGGGAAGGCUCGGCUGAAGGAGACUGCACGUGUGAGACUCGCCAGAAGUGAAGGGUUUUAUUUGCUGCUGUGCAGCAGUGGGGAAAAAUACCUUUUGUUGGUAUAAACCUGUGCACGAUGCACAGCGUGGUUUCUUAUUUUUCUUACGGACGCGUUUUACACCAUUUUGCAAGAUCAAUAAAUAUUUUAUAUGGUA